UUUACUUAAGCGAGUAGAGAGUUGAGAGCUCACUGCAGCAGGCGGCAACCAUUCUCUCUCUGUGUCUCCCUCUCUCUCUCUCUCAGACACACACAACACCAACCAAGAAUGGUGGCAGCGGCAAUGCUGAAACCAAACCAUUUAAACAUAGCAUUCUUUCUCUUCCUCCUCCACUACACCGCUGCAUCAGACCACCCUGACGUCCAACCCCUCCUCCUCUUUAAAUCCGCCGUCGAUCCAAACAACGCCCUUCUCACCUCCUGGAACUCAUCCUCUGACCCAUGCACGACCGACUCAUGGGUCGGAGUUUCGUGCCUUCACAACAGGGUCGCCCGUAUAGUCCUGGAAAACCUGAAUCUUCGAGGCUCUUUAUCCCCUUCCCUUACUUCUUUAACCCAGCUCCGGGUUCUCAGCCUCAAGGAAAACGGGUUUUCGGGUCAAAUUCCGGAUCUUUCAAACCUCACUAGUCUUAAGCUCCUUUUCAUUUCUCACAACCAUUUCUCCGGCGACUUCCCAGCCUCAUUAUCUUCGCUUUCGAAGCUUUACCGCCUUGAUCUGUCUUACAAUAAUUUUUCGGGGAGUAUACCCUUGAGCAUGAACCGGUUGACGCAUUUGCUGACUCUAAGGCUUGAAGGAAACCGGUUCACUGGUCCCAUUUCGCGUUUGAAUUUACCCAACUUGCAGGAUUUUAAUGUGUCGGAAAACGGGUUGACGGGGGAGAUACCGAGUGCGCUUUCGAUUUUCCCUGCGUCGUCGUUUUCGAACAACCACAAUUUAUGCGGGCCACCGUUAGAGAAAUGUAAGGCGGUGUCCAACAACCCGACCCGGCCUGGUGGGGCAAUGGCUUCCCCGCUAAGCCCGAGGACGACUGUUUCGUCAUCUCCAACAACAAUGCCGAAGACAAAUCAGCCCACGAAAUCUCGAAGUACUCAUCGGAGUAGAAUCAGCUCGCUAGCCGUAAUUGGCAUAGUAGUCGGAGAUUUUCUGGUUUUGGGGUUAGUUUCUAUGCUUCUAUAUUGCUACUUCUGGAGGAACUAUUCUAAUAAGUUAACGUCAGGAAAGAGUAGCGGGUCCCAAGUGGAGAAAAUAGUAUACUCAUCGAGCCCGUAUCCGAACCCGGGCCAAUCUGGAUUCGAGAGGGGAAAGAUGAUAUUUUUUGAUGGGGAGAGGAGGUUUGAGCUGGAGGACUUGUUAAGGGCGUCUGCUGAAAUGCUUGAGAAAGGCGGAUUUGGGACGGCGUAUAAGGCGAUUUUAGAUGAUGGGAAUGUGGUGGCGGUGAAGAGAUUGAAAGAUUUAACUGUGAAUGGGAAGAAAGAGUUUGAGCAGCAAAUGGAGGUUUUAGGGAGGCUUAGGCAUCCGAAUUUGGUGGCCUUGAAGGCUUAUUAUUUUGCUAGGGAUGAGAAAUUGUUGGUUCAUGAUUACAUGCCAAAUGGCAACUUGUUUUGGCUGCUUCAUGGCAACAGAGGCCCCGGAAGAACUCCACUAGACUGGACCAUGCGGUUAAAGAUUGCAGCUGGAGCAGCUCGAGGAUUAGCCUUUCUCCACAACUCGUGCAAAUCCCUUAGGCUCAUGCAUGGCAACAUCAAAUCAACAAACGUGCUCAUUGACAAGGCUGGCAAUGCCAAGCUAUCUGAUUUUGGACUCUCCAUUUUCGUACCACCUUCCUCUGUCCCAAAAUCCAAUGGCUACCGUGCCCCUGAAGCAUCACUGUACGGUCGAAAGCUAACCCAAAAAUCUGAUGUAUACUCGUUUGGUGUCCUAUUAUUGGAGCUGCUAACUGGAAAAUGCCCCUCUGUAGUUGACCAUAGUGGUCCCGGCAUGGGGUAUGGUGGGGUCCUUGAUUUGCCAAGAUGGGUGCAGUCUGUUGUGAGAGAGGAGUGGACAGCUGAGGUGUUCGAUUUGGAGCUUAUGAGGUACAAAGACAUUGAAGAGGAACUGGUGGGGUUGUUGCAGAUCGCGAUGGCUUGUACCCAGGCUUCACCCGAUCAACGGCCAAAUAUGAAUCAUAUAGUGAAAAUGAUCGAAGAGUUACGGGGAGUGGAAGUUUCACCAUCACAUGAAUCUCUUAAUUCAGUUUCAGAGUCGCCAACUGUUUCUGAAGACACACAUAGAGUGAGUGAAUGAUCGAUGUCUAGCUGUGUGUAAGCUUGAUUUCCAUUUGUUCAAGUUCUGUAUAUUUAGUGGUUUUUCUUUAUGGCUUGACUUCUAGGUUGCAAAUGCAUCUGCAUUUAUAAGCUGGAAAUUCUUCUA